AUCGCAUCGCAUCGCAUUCCAUUCCAUCGCAUCGCCCUCCACACCGCCCAAAGAUCCGUAUCGUCUCCACCCAACCAUGUCGGACCACCACCAGUACCAGGGCCAGCACGUUCCGCCCUAUCCCGUUCGGCUACAGGCCCGGGAGCAGCAGCAACAACAGGAGCAACAACAACAGCAACAGCAGGAGGAGGAGCAGGAGCCACCCUCCAAGGGCGCCCCGCUCCACCCCCAGCCCUACGAGAAUGCAUCUGCGUCGGCGUCUUCUUCUUCUUUGUCGUCCUCGGCAUCGGCAGCGUCCCCGACCCAUCCCUCCACCCUUUCCGGCAGCAAGCGCCCUUCCGACGCCGUCUCCGGGCCGGAACCCACGUCGGCGAUCGCCUCCCUCGACGCCGCCCCMUCCCCGCUCUCGCCGGCCUCCCGGCCCACCUCCCCCGCCGAAAAGGGGCGGACGGAGGAGGAGAACCCGGGGGCCGUCCCGAGCGGGGCCCCGAAGAAGGCCCGCAAGUCCUCCCCGAGGUCCUCCCCGAGGUCCUCCCAGGGMGGCGACGGGGCCAGCGUCCGGUCGACCGGGACGAACGCCGCCAAGGGACUCCGGCACUUCUCCAUGAUGGUCUGCCAGAAGGUCGAGGAGAAGGGAACGACGACCUACAACGAGGUGGCCGACGAGCUCGUCAAGAAGGUCGUUGCCGAGCGCAAGGAGGAGGACCCGGGCGGCUCCUUCGACCAGAAGAACAUCCGCCGCCGGGUCUACGACGCCCUCAACGUGCUCAUGGCCAUGGACAUCAUCUCCAAGGAAAAGAAGGAAAUCACCUGGAAGGGACUGCCCACGGCGGCAAGGCAGGACAUGGAGUCGAUGGAAAAGGAGAUCGAACUCCGGGAGCACCAGAUCGCCCAGAAGAAGGAGGCCCUCAGGGACCUGCUGGUCCAGCAGGUCUGYUUCCGCAACCUGGUCCAGAGGAACCACCACCAGGAACAGGCCCGGCAACUCCAACACCACCAGGAACGCAAGAUGGGGGUUCCCGAGGGGAAGAUCCCGCUGCCCUUUCUGGUCGUCAACACCGACAAGUCCGCGGAAACCAAGUGCGACAUGUCCAAGGACCUGACCUUUAUCACCUUCAACUUUUCGCUGCCCUUCGAAGUCAGCGACGACAACACGAUUCUCAAGGGAAUGGAAAUGUAAGUCUUGUCUCGUCUUGUUUUUUUGUCCGUUCGGAACCGCUGUGCUUCGAUUCCUUCUUUCCUUUCGCGUUUUGUGUGGUGCCGGUUCUCACCCUUUCGAUCCUUCCGCGCCACAAAACAAUACAAAACGAAACGAAACGAAACGAAACGAAACAAAACAGGGAUCGAACCUCAUCGGCCAACCUGAGGCAGAUGUUUCCCGAGGACCUGCUGCGGUACUGCGAAGCCAACCGCCUCACGGACGCCGUCCUCGGGCGGGGGGACCCCGGCGAGGAAGCCUAUUCCCACCACCACCCCCCGCAGCACGACCCCCACGGGCACGGCAGUCAAUUCCACCAGCACCAACACCACCAGCCGCACAACCAGCCCCUGUACCAGCACCACCGCUCCSAGGGAAGCAUCUCGAUCGGCGGGGGGAGCAGCAGCGGCGGAAGCAGCGGGAGCAGCAGCCGGCUGGGGCGGGUGGCCCUGCACGAGCCGCCGCAGCAGCAGCCACCACACCACCCGUACGCGCAUGCGCAUGCAAACGCACACGCACACGCGGUGCCCCCCUCCCCCUACGAGGGCCGCGGGAUGGGAGGCCCGCCACACGGACGGCGGCCGCCGCCGCCCCACGCGGUGCACCACCACCACAACCACCAGGGGCCCUCGUCCGUGGCCUCCUCCCGCAUGGGCAGCGGCCGGGACCGCUACUCGUACUAUGCCAGCCAAUAACGAAGUAUUGGCCGAUUCGUUGUAUUGGGGAAAGAAUUCGCAAUGAAAUACAUUUUAAAAAAUAAC